AUGCAGCAGAAAUAUUUAUUUAAAUUGCUCCUAGUGCUGGCCUUCAAAGGCUUAUUGGCUGCCCCGCAAACGCUAACUGAGAUCGAGAUUGAUCCAGACAAUGAAUGUGGCAGCUACUGCUUUAAGGCCUUCAAGCCUAUGCUGGAGCAUAUUGGUCUAAUGGAUCAGGGCUGGCAGAGCUGCAGCAUGACUCAGCAAUUAGUUACGGAGGAACGACUGCUGGCUGUUGAGCAACAGUUGCUGCAACAAAGAGACAAAUUAAAUCUCUUUGAGUACAAGAUGGCUGACACCGAGAAGGAAUUGGGGAAUCAAAAUAAUCUUAUGGAGCCGGCAAAGUGCAGCACGCCGUUCCAGAAACUUGGCAACAAGUAUUAUUACAUUGAAGAAAGUCAGAAGAUGAAUUGGUUCGCCGCUAUGCACAGAUGCCAUGAGUUUGGGUCUCAUUUAGUUCACCUGGAGAGCCACAAUGAGCUAAACCUUGUGAGCGCCAAGCUCAAGAGUUCAAACGACUACUGGGUGGAUAUGAAUGAUUUGAGUAAGGAGGGUGAAUUCAUAUCGCUGACAACGGGAGUGAAACCAGAGUUCCAAAGACUGGCAUAA